CAUUAUAAAAUACAAUUCCUCUUCUCUCUUACCAUCCCGAACUCCUCUCAGAAUAAUUCAACUCUUCAGUUGUUUCUCCCUCUGAGCAUCAGCCAUGGCGAAGAGUAUUUUGGUCACUGGCGGAGCUGGAUACAUCGGCAGUCACACCGUUCUUCAGCUUCUUCUCGGCGGCUACAACGCCGUCGUCGUCGAUAACUUGGAUAACUCCUCCGAGAUCGCUCUUCGUAGAGUCACAGAUCUGGCUGGGGAUUUCGGGAAGAAUCUCGUAUUUCACAAGCUUGAUUUGAGGGAUAAGCCCGCUCUUGAGAAGGUUUUCGCUUCGACGCAAUUCGAUGCUGUCAUACACUUCGCUGGACUUAAAGCAGUUGGCGAGAGUGUCCAAAAGCCACUGCUUUACUAUGAUAACAACUUAAUUGGGACAAUUGUCCUGUUGGAAGUCAUGGCUGCCUAUGGAUGCAAAAAGCUCGUGUUUUCAUCAUCAGCUACUGUAUAUGGGUGGCCAAAGGAAGUCCCUUGCACUGAAGAGUUCCCUUUGUCUGCAACAAACCCUUAUGGACGAACUAAGCUGUUCAUCGAAGAAAUUUGCCGAGAUAUUUACCGAUCAGAUUCAGAAUGGAAAAUCAUAUUGCUUAGAUACUUCAACCCAGUAGGUGCUCAUCCCAGUGGAGACAUUGGUGAAGACCCCCGUGGAAUUCCCAACAACUUGAUGCCCUUUGUGCAACAAGUUGCUGUUGGCAGACGGCCAGCCUUGACCGUUUUUGGAACCGACUACUCUACCAAGGAUGGAACAGGGGUUCGUGACUACAUUCAUGUUGUUGAUUUAGCUGAUGGGCACAUUGCCGCAUUGCGGAAAGUGGAUGAUCCCAGCAUAGGCUGCGAGGUUUACAAUUUGGGAACUGGAAAGGGUACUUCAGUUUUGGAGAUGGUUUCAGCAUUUGAAAGUGCAUCUGGACAGAAAAUUCCUCUUGUGAUGGCGGAUCGACGACCAGGGGAUGCUGAAAUUGUGUAUGCGGAAACAGAGAAAGCGGAGAAGGAGUUGAACUGGAAGGCCAAGUAUGGAAUUGAAGAAAUGUGCAGGGAUCAAUGGAACUGGGCCAGCAAAAAUCCUUAUGGCUAUGAAGCUUCAGCCCCCAACAACAAAUAAGAAGCCCAAUUUGCUUGGUAUUUUCCAAUUUCCAUAAGCUUUUUUGCCAUUGCCUCCUGAGAUUUGCAUCUCUCUCCGUAUCAGUGAUAUGAAUAAACCCAAUACCCUCUCCCCUGCAGUGUUUUUAACACUUGCUUUUUAGGUCUUUUUUGGAGUUGGAAUGCAAACAUUUAUUUUAAUCCAAAGUUUAUCUUCCACGAAAUUAUCAA